CGUUCGGUAUACGAGAUCGAUCAGACCAGGACAGUUUGAUGUGCGUUCAAGCGUAUAUUUCGUUAAAUUUAAUAUGCAACGCGUCGCGCUUAAAUCUAUUUUUAGUGCUUCUUUAAUUUAUGGAAAAUAUAUUGAGACUGUGAUGAAGCACUAGUAUAUGUAAAUUUAAUACUGACAGUUUAUUAAUUGACGUAUUUGAAGGAAUAUAAAAUCGUGCUAUCGCCAUGAACAUGCGCCGCUGGGGCUAAUUAUAUAAUGGCGAAUUAAAUCAAGUGGAUGACUACAUUGAACCUUCUGACGUUUGUUUACGAAAUCGAAAAUGUCGAAAUCUAUGCGAAGUUCGCGACACAACAGCCGCGCCGGAUCCUCGAACUCGUCCUCCUCUCUCAGCAACCCACCGCGAAAGCGUGUCAAACGAUGUUGUCGCAAUUUCGUUACAUUUAUGUGCACGCAAGUGGGUGUGGGCGCAUUAAUUGUACUGUACGCUAUCUUUGGUGCGCUCUCCUUUAUGCAUAUAGAACGAGAAUACGUUGACGAGACGACAGCCUAUGUCAGUGAUUUACGGCAUAAUUGCGCAGAAAAAAUGUGGAAUAUCACUGAAAAGUUUAAUACUUUUGAUCGUAGCGAAUGGCAAAAUAAUACCUUAGAUAUACUGCGACAAUAUCAAACAGAAAUUGCCACAUUAAUAAAAAAUGGCUAUGUUGGACGGACACCAGAACAGAUUUGGUCCUUUCCGGCGGCGUUAAUGUUUUGUUUAUCGGUCAUUACAAUGAUCGGUUAUGGUAAUAUGGUGCCACGUACACCUUGGGGGAAAGGUUUCACGGUCAUUUAUGCCACUUUUGGUAUACCCCUUUAUAUACUAUAUUUCCUUAAUAUGGGAAAAGUGUUGGCGCGAUCAUUCAAGUUCCUUUAUCGCAGCUUACAUGAGUGUGCGCAGGAACGUACCAUUUAUGAAUCUCGUUUGGAUGCACUAGAAAACGGUAGUUUAGGUGAAUUACAAGGGAAAAAAAUCAUUGUACCAUCGACUGCGUGCCUUUGGGUUAUCAUAUCAUAUAUUUUAACGGGCACUAUUAUGUUUGCGAAUUGGGAGAAAUGGUCUUUUUUGAACUCUUUCUACUUCUGCAUGACAUCGUUGUGCAAAAUUGGUUUUGGUGAUUUCGUGCCUGGUGCAUCGUUGAUAACAGCGGCUGACAUAGAUGCAGCAUCACUAAAAAUAAGAGAAGAUGCCUCUGCUGAUCCCGAUGAUUUGUUCAAUAUGCAGUUAAUUACUGAUCAAAAUUCAAAAUUGGCUAUAAAUUUUUUCUAUAUGCUAAUAGGCAUGGGUUUGGUUUCCAUGUGCUACAAUUUGAUGAGGGAGGCGGUACGCAUGAAAAUAAGAGAGAUAAAAGAGGAUACGAAACUGUGUUUAGAGGAUACACGUGCGCGAUUUUUGGGAUGUUGUGGAACACGAGAAUACUAUGACGAAGACUACUACUAAAUAACUUUCAAGACAUUUGCCUAAAUAUGUACAUUAUUUUCAACAUUGAUACAGAGUGUUUAGUGAGUGAGUGUGAUAUCGGCGUGCCUAUCUCGAGUGUGUGAGCUUAAUUAUGUUUAGCUAUUAUUUUAUCAACAACGAAGGUGCUUAAGUGGUCAAAGACAAGACUAACAAAAAAUUAAAUUAAUUGUGUUCAUAAAAAUAAAUAUUUACAUUUUCGGGUAAUUACUAAGUGAGUGGGGUAUACGAAUGAGCUUUCAAAACCGUUUGAUUUUUUUUUUUUUUAUAAAAAAACAACAAAAACCAUAUAUUUAGUGGCGUACAUCCAAGAAAAGAGGAGCUGGGAGGAGGAAUUAUUUAUUCAUAAUGGUUCGGCAAUCAUUGAACAUUUUUUGAAACUACAAAAAAGGGUCACAAAUUUCGGGGUAAUGCUAGGCGGCAGUACGGAUCGUCUAUGCACACCGAGCACAUCAGCUGGCCCAUUUCGUAUUUUUGCCGUGACUGGCUUCCAAAACCGGGCAAAUGAUAUUGUCUAUUGUCCACCGAUACGGCCGACAGGCAGCGAGAAUGCUGAAGAUUCCACUGCCGUUGUUUACUUCGGUGGCGACGUACAGGACUUUCCGGAGAGCAUGGAAACGAAUCGAGAUAGUCGUGGCUACAUGAAAUACAAUUUGGAGAACUCCGCCAUACUUCUACGUGAGGCUUUUCCGCGCGCACAUAUUAUUGUCAUCCGUCCUGUAAGAAUGGAGUUCAAAACAUUUAGUUGUUUCGACAAUUUCGUACGUGGUAAUAACGCUGGUGUCCCCGACCAUACUCCAAUGAACCACGCUUUACAACAUUUGGAAAAAUUACUUCAAAAUCUUUCUCAACGACUGAUCUCUAUACCAGAAAACGAGAUAAUGGAUCAGGCUGCUCAAGCAGCCGCCGCUGCUGCUGCUGUGGCUGCCGCCGCCGCAUUGGUAUCCUCUACACUUUCCACAGCAACGACUGACACGUCCGCUUCUUCGUCAGCAUUAAAUGAUAAUAAUCAAGACAUGGACAUUGAUAUCUUACAAGUUCAGGAGAACGUAACUGUGGAUGCAGAUGGUGCAGUAAUAUUUCCAAAUGUCACCAGUGCUGGUACUGGUGGUGGAGUUAGUAGCGGCAGUAAUACUAUCACUGGUGGCGUUACCCCAUCGACAAAUAAUGCUGCUAACAGUAACAUAGCAUCAACGGCCACAACACCACAUAGCACUCAAAAGGCUCCUCUACAACCUACCGCUCAUCAAGCGCAAACAAAUAACGCACAUUUCAAUAAUAUUGGGGGUGGUAGUAGCAACAGUAACGAGUGUGUAACACAAGCACAACAACAAUCCCAACAACUCACCCGUCAAAAUAGCAAUCCUUUGUGGUGGAGAGAGAAUUUGAAUUUAGACAAAGCGAAACUGGUUUUAAUUGGCUUCAGCAAAGGAUGUGUGGUCCUCAAUCAAUUCAUUUAUGAAUUUCACUACUUAAAAACUCUUACACCGGAUGAUAGUACAAUGAUACGUUUGCUUUCACGCAUCAAAGAUAUGUAUUGGCUAGAUGGUGGUCACGGUGGCCAAAAGAACACAUGGAUUACGUCCAGAAGUCUGCUGGAAACACUAACAAGAAUGGGCAUGAAUAUUCAUGUACAUCUGACACCAUAUCAAGUGCAGGAUGAUCGCCGACCAUGGAUACGAAAGGAGGAGAAAAUUUUCACAGACAUGCUUCGACGCCUGGGGGCACCAAUCACACGUCAUCUGCACUAUGACAGUCAAACAGCGAAUUUAAUGACACAUUUUGAGGUGUUACAGGCUUUUUGCCAGCACAUACAUACGCUAAAUCAGCAACAGCAAUUACAAAUGCAACAACAACAGCAAACAACACAGCAGCAGCAACAACAAGCAUCGGCUCUACAACCGCUGCAACAAUCUUCUAGUAACAUUCAAAUUAAUGAACAAUUACAACAACAACAAACACAACAUAACAAUUCAAAUCGUUCAGAGUUGGGCAAGGCAAGCAAUAGUGGAGCGAAGUGACACCAUCGUCGUCGCAAUGUUGGCCGUUUACAUUUGCGUAGGGUAGCAGCGACAGCAGCACCGAUCAGCAGCACAUCGGCAAUGACGGCAAAGAAAGUAAUGCAUGUAUCGCCACAACCACAACAAACAUUACUGCAACAGCAACAGCAGCACCCGCAACAACAUCAACCCGUAGUCGCUGCACCAUCAAAUUUCACAUUUCUCGACAUAGCAACCACAUCAAUUGUAAAUAAUUAUACGCGACAUUUUCCACAAAACACAAUCAUACCAGCUACAGCUACAACCACAACAGCAGCUAUACAUAAUCGUCAACGCCAAAAAGCGCUAAAUUUGCAAAAAGUUCGACCAAGACCCAACCAACGUCAGCACCAACACAGAGGGCAACCAACUAAAAUUCACCAUUAUUCGCGUGCAAAAGGUAGACUUCUGCAUCACCAGACUUGUCGUUAAAUGUACCGGACACUAAGGAAUCGUACGCUCUUAACAUUGAAAUGAAAUGUGUCCUUCGUGUUCUGCUAAAUUAUUAUUUAUCAAUUAGUUUUGUGUUGUAAUUUAGUACGUUAAGAAAAGUUUAUUUCAUUAGCGAUUCAUAUAAUCUAAAAGCAUAAUAAUACAAAAAAUUCGAAAGAAUGAAUGUGUAUGUAAAAAGUAUGUCAACUGAAUAGUUUAACUUGGCUUAUAUUCACUGCUAGACAUAAGUGCUAUGAACACAUUCAUAAACAAUUUAAAUGUUGUACAAUUCUUUCUCCCACUGAGACCAAUGACCUUGCCGUGGGAAAGGAUCAAGAAUAUGGUUUACAUGAAUUUUUAAUAUUAGGCUACAUUUAAUUUAAGUAUUGCUGUCAAAGAGAAUUUGGUGCACUAAAUUUAAGCGUUAGUUCUAUUUUAGGUAGGUUGCUAUGUAUAUUUAAUUCAAAUCCAUACAUUUUUAUAAUUUUGAUAAAUCUGUCACAGAUAAAUUUUUUUAUACACAUUAAUCACAAUUAACCAGUGCAAUUUCUUUAGACAUUUACAUAUAUAUUGGUUUUAGUUUUCUAUUAUUUAUUCAUCUCUUAAUUAAAAUACAUUCUUCUAAGAUUACUUACUUAUCAACAAAUUCGUAAACAAAAAUUUCUUGCUAAAAAACAAAAAUAUAUAUAAAUAUAUUUUUAUUUAAAUGCAACACAGACAAAAUAUAUUAAAAUGGUAAUAUUAUGUUCAAACACACAACCAUAUACAAUUACUGCAAACAAUAAUAUUAUUUGCUCAAAUUAUAAACAAUUACGGGGUUAGGUGAGGUCAAAGACACGAAAAAACAACAAUUUUAAAUAUUUUUUUUUUUACCAGGCAAUUAUUUUAUUUUAUAAAAGUAAAACAUAGCAUCACAAAAAUUCGAAAAAAAAUAAUAUAAAUAUAAUGGCUGUUUGUUUUGUUUCAGUUUCAACCGAAGCUCCUUGCGGAGGCUAUCACUAAGCCUUAGAGUUCAUCAAACAUCAAUCGGCCAAAAAAAAUUAGUUUUAGGAACAGAUAAUCUAGUUCCUUGCCGAAGCUUUUUUUUUUAAUUAACAAAAUAGCUGCCUCGGAAAAUUUUUUUUUAAUACACUUUCAGGAUAAAACCUGCAGUUAAAUGUUUACAAAAAUUGGUUUUCGAGCUACAGUGGUCACCAGUUAAAAAAAAAACAUAUGUAGUUUUGAGAAAAACGUAUUUGAAGUUUUAGCCACCUGAUCUAGAACGUUUCAGAGCGCCCGAGAACCAUUUACUAAUUAUCGAAUAACUCGAAAAGUAUUUGUCAGAUUUGCUUCAAAACUUCAGAGAGUGUUUCUAAGGCAUUCUACUUUAAAAGAAUUUUUCUUUAAUUCUGGCUACUCCUAACCCUUUAUGAUAACCGCAUUUCGAAGUAAUUGUAAAGAUAUUUUUGUUUACGAGAAUAUCUCGAACAUAACUACCGCAUAUUUACAGUCAAAGUUUAUAUUACUAUAUAACGUUGUGGUAGUUGUGUAAUACAUGAAGCGCUUGCUCUGCAUGUCAAAAAACAGUUUCACAGUUUAGUUAAAUAAUAAGCAGGUCUUACAAAUAUUAUGUCGACGAAAUGCACAAAACAUAUAAACUUUAAGAAUACAUUGUAAGUAAUUGCUUUUAACAAAUUCUAACUAUUUCCGAGUCUUUCCAAUAAAAAAAUAUUUGAUUCGCAUAUUUCAAGUAUAUAAAGCUUAACACUGCUUUCUUCAGAUUUGUGGUAUGCUUGCAUAAUUUCUAGCAUCUUUGUUCGGUAACGAAAAGUAAGUCCUCCGCAUAAACAAAUUCCGUUUAAAUUUUAAAUUUAUCCGUACAUUAACUUUAUAUACAAUUUGUAUUGAUUCACUCAACAUACUUUGUUUAACAUUUGUCCCACAUUAAAGUAUUAUUUUUAUAUAAUAAAAUAUAUUCUUUUAUAUUUAUGCAUAUUGUUCUUUUUUGCAUAAAGUAAAAAAUAUAAAUUAAAUAGUUUAGCCUAUUAUAGGAGACCGUACAGACAUGAGUCGGACCUUACAAUAUUAUCAUUAUCAAAAAAACAUAAAAAUCACUUUUGAAUUCCCUUGCAUUGGUGCAAUCAUACUUAAGAAAACACCAAAAUUGACAAAGAAAAAAUUUUAUAUAAUGCUUUUUGCACUUGAUAUCUCAGAAGAUAAAGUAACUCAUUCAACUAAUUCGCAGUAUAAAUAUUUUCUUAAAAAUGUGAUUUCGCACAUAACCUAAAAAUAAAUAAUUAUGUGUAAGUAGCAGAUAGCUUUAAUGAGAAUUAAGAGCAACACUUUAUAGUAAGUGUCUCAUAUAAGAACGUGAUUUGCAAAUUAUUGUAAAAGUUUGCUCUUGCCAAAAUAACAGACGAAUUUUACAAAUUCAUUUUCAUGCAUCUACAUAAAUACAUAUGUAUACCUGUUGCAAAGCAACCCAAUUUAAAAAUCAUUUUUACCAAGAGCUACCAUUGGAUGAUCAAUUCAUUUACUGUUACCUUUAUAAUUUUACGGUUAUUUCGGCAAAAAAAUUAUAAUUUCAACAAAGCUUUGCAUACAUUAAUAUAAAUGCGGUCGCGCAUCUACCAAUGUAUAUCGGAACAGGCCUACAUCUUAAUGUGAUAAGAAACGAGUUUGUGAAAUAUUAACAAAAAUAUUUGUUUUGUAUUAAA